AUGACUAUCGAUAUGACACACCCUUCGGGUCCCACAAGGAGGAUCGCGGUGCUGGGAGCAUCGUAUGCUGGACACCGAGCGAUCCAGGUGCUAGUUGCAAGCCUACCCGACGACUGGCAAGUGGUCGUCCUCGAGCGCAACACACAUGCCAACCAUCUGUACGCUUUCCCAAGGAUGAGCGUCGUGCGCGGUCACGAGCAAAAAGUCUUCAUCCCAUACACCAACAUGUUCAAACCGGCAGGUGCACACCACGUUCAGCACGUCUUGCUGCACGCCAACAUCUUGCAGCUGGACCAGGAUCGCCGUCGAGUAUCGUACGAACUGAUCGACGACAAGGGUGCCGGCGUGCAAUGGUUGCAGUGGGACUAUCUGGUCUACGCUCUCGGCAGUCAUCUGCCUGACCCCAUCAACGUCUGGAGCAGCAGCGAGCACGUCAGCAGGCAUGACGGAAGCAAGAAGAUGGGUAUCAGGUGGCUCAAAGAUGCACAGGAUCGCAUUCAACAGGCAAAGUCGAUCGUCAUUGUUGGAGGCGGAGCCCUCGGAGUGCAGCUCGCAACGGAUAUCGCCGUGACCUACGGUAGCUCCAAAAAAGUGACGCUGACCCAUUCGCGCUCACAGCUGCUGCCUCGAUUCGAUCCAUGGAUGCACGAGAAAGCGGCAGCAAGGCUGAUCGAACUCGGUGUCGAGCUGGUCUUGGGAAGUCGAGUUGACUUGAAGUCCGUAAGCGGCGACAAGAGUUCGUUCAGGUUGAUGGACGGACGUCAGCUGCAAGGCGAUCUGACGCUAUUCUGCCUCGGUCAGACACCAAACACUCGAUUCUUGGACGCUUCGUCAUUGACCGAAUCCGGCAUGGCCAGAGUGGAUCGCACGCUCCGACUGUCCAACAAUGACCGCAUCUUUGUGAUUGGUGAUGCAGCAGAUGCGUUUGGCGCCAUCAACGCAGGACACACCGCCUGGGAUCAAGCCGAAGUGGCUGCAAACAACAUUCUCGCUCUCAUCAACUACCCUCAAGCCGAACUGCAAGUAUACAACCCUACUCCACCGGCCAUCAAAGUGUCGCUUGGAAUCGACCGGGCCAUUCGACAGACACAGAAGGGGGAGCUCAUCGAGGUGGACAGUGGCUCGAUCGAUCUCAACUCGACCAGCAUGUGGACCCGACGCGGUCUUGGCACCGACGAUCUGUGGCUUUAG